CAUCAACUCGUCAUACAGCAGCUGAUUGGGAUGGGCGGGGCCUAUUUUUAUCCAGACGAUAGAGAGAGCCCUCUCGUGACGCGAACGUAAACAGAGGAGGACUCCGCUCGCUGCCCUCUUUCUGUAAUAAAUUAACUUAGACACGGUGAACGUAAUCAAUGCAUAUUUACAUUUGCUUAACAAUUACAGCACUUUGAGGAAUAUUUGAAAUACCGCUCUUCACCGGCAGGUCUUGAUCUGCUGGUGCUGAGAGACUGAAGGGAUUGUGACAUCCAGAUCAUCUGAUCUUCAUUCAUCCCAACCAUGGCUAAUCCUGCAGAGCGUCGUCUGCAGAAAGAGCUGCUGAAUUUGACGACCGACCCGCCACCGGGCGUCACGGUCGACCCGGAGGAAAUCGGAGACAACCUGUCCGAGUGGACGGUUUCGGUGGCCGGACCGGCCUCCUCCCUGUACGAGGGAGAAACGUUCCGGCUCAACUUCCGGUUCAGCCAAAAAUACCCGUUCGACUCGCCGGAGGUGGUGUUUAUGCGGCCCAACAUCCCCGUGCACCCACACAUCUACAGUAACGGCCACAUCUGUCUGUCGAUUUUGACGGACGACUGGUCGCCGGCACUCUCCGUCGCGUCCGUCUGCCUCUCCAUCACGUCCAUGCUAUCCAGCUGCAAGGAUAAGAAGCGGCCCCCGGAUGAUGCCUUCUACGUGAAAACGUGCAACAAAAACCCCAAGAAGACUCGCUGGUGGUAUCAUGACGACACUGUGUGAUGGCCGGCGCAGGGUAGUCAGCUGAUGACGCUUUUCUCUGUGAUGGUGGCGCCGCACUGCGGAGACUGCGCGAACCACAUGCACCGCACUAGCUCGGACCGCGUGCGAGUGAGUGCGUGGACCGGUCGCGGUCCCGAGAGCCACCCUGAGACCUGGGUUUUGCGGACAGACUAGCAGACCCGGUCGUGGGCCACUGUGGCCGUAUUGGCAAUACGAGCGACGGUGGCGACCUCUUUAAGUGGUGGCGACCUCUGCAGAAUCAGUGACGCAGUGAGAUCGAUUGACAAUCGCGCGGCGCGUGAUGCUCGAUUCCGUCUAUGUGUUUACUUAGUUUUGUUUUAUUUCUAUGCGCGUGUGCAGAUUAUGUCUUGUAUCGGGAGGGCUGCCAAGCUCUAUUAGAGGGUGAUCUGAGGACUUAGUCGCUGCUUUCGUUCUGAACUGGAGCAGAAGGGAAGAAGGUAGGUGUCCGUCCAUCAAAUAAGACACUGGGCCGGGCAGGAUGACUGGAGAGCACAGAGAUAUCGGGAAACGUUGGUUGGUUAUGUUAUCCGUGAUAACCAGGAGGGAUGCAGCGGAUCGUAUCGUUCAGUUAUCCGUGAUAGAAGUGCAAACACGGGCGGUAUUAUGACAAAGCACAGUCAAUCGUGAGUUGGGUCAACCUAGUUGGGUACAGCUCAGUCUGUAGCAGGCAAUGAGGGGGUAUCUAUUUCACCUAGCGGUUGACUAUCAGCUCAUCUUACCGUUGCGACUGGUCGUGUGUCUCCUCUGCCGCGGAGACAAUCCUGUCUCCGACGCUACCGUUGGCUCACGGCAGAUAUAGAUUUUAAUACGUGCAGUUGGUGUCUAGUAGUUGUGAUUUCAAUAUAUGGUGAGACAAUCCGGCUUA